UCCUUUGUUAGCACGCCAACGUGUUCGUGUGUUCCCGGAGUGAACUAGAGCCUGUAUGUUUGGAUAAACCUUCUUUUAUACAGUCAGUGGGAUAAACGUGUUAAAGUGGAAACUUUGGUUUCACCUUUCAUCUCCUGUUAGCCACGAAUGCUAACUGAAGUUAGCUUAGCUUGCUAGCUGGAAAUAGACGGAACUCGGCCACACAGCGCUGGUUGGAGGAACUCUGAGUCCAAACUGUGUUUUUCAUUUGUUUAAAAUGUCUAAAGUCCAGAUGCUGAGAGGUUUUAUCAACCAGCGACUAACUGCGGCUGCUGAAGAGAUAUUUGGGCUGUUUGAAAGAACGAUAUCAGAGUACGAGGAGGAACUCUGUCGUUCCAAAGAGGAGAACCAGAGACACAGGAAACUACUGGACGCUGUUUUCCAGCCUGAAGUCCGGUUACACAGAGCAGAAGAGCUUCCCCCUGAGCAGCAGCAGUGGAGCCCCAGGCUGGACCAGGAGGACCCACCAGAGCCGUCGCACAUUAAAGAAGAACAGGAGGAGCUCUGGACCAGUCAGGAGGGAGAGCAGCUUCCAGGACUGGAGGAGGCUGAUAUCACCAAGUUCCCAAACGUCCAGCAGCUGUUGGUGAGUAAAGAAGAGGUUCCCCCUGAGCAGCAGCAGUGGAGCCCCAGGCUGGACCAGGAGGACCCACCAGAGCCGCCACACAUUAAAGAGGAACAGGAGGAGCUCUGGAACAGUCAGGAGGGAGAGCAGCUUCCAGGACUGGAGGAGGCUGAUAUCACCAAGUUCCCAUUCACUCCUGUCCCUGUGAAGAGUGAAGAAGAUGAUGAAGAGAAACCUCAGUCCUCACAGAUUCAUCAAAGCCAAACUGAAGCUAACAGAGAUGCAGAAAAUUUUAAAACAGAAACUGAUGGAGAGGACUGUGGAGGGCCAGAACCAGCCAGGAACUUUAACCCAGAUAGUCCUUUACAAACAGAUACUCAUGACCAGACUUCACUCUGCUCUGAACCUGAGACUGAUGAUAGUUGUGAUUGGGAGGAGAGCAGGGAACCUCAGCCAGGUUUAAACCCUCUGCAAAACAAUGAAGUACCUGUAAGUGAUCAGGAAUGUAACACUGGAGAAACAUCAGUUAGCUCCUCUGAAUGUGCUGCAAGAUUUGGCCACAAGGAUCAUCUGCAGAACCACAAUGGAACCCAAACAGGAGUGAAACCAUUUAGUUGCUCAGUUUGUGGUAAAAGAUUCACAGAAAAGGGAAAUCUGCAACGACACACUACAGUCCACACAGGGGAGAAACCAUUUAGCUGCUCAGUUUGUGGUAAAAGAUUCACACGAAAGGGAACUCUGAGACUACACACUAAACUCCACACAGGGGAGAAACAGUUUAGCUGCUCAGUUUGUGGUAAAAGAUGCAAAGACAAGGGAACUCUGAGACGACACUCUACAGUCCACACAGGGGAGAAACCAUUUAGCUGCUCAGUUUGUGGUAAAAGAUUCACAGAAAAGGGAAAUCUGCGACGACACUCUACAGUCCACACAGGGGAGAAACCAUUUAGCUGCUCAGUUUGUGGUAAAAGAUUCGCACGAAAGGGAAAUCUUGGACCACACUCUGCAGUCCACACAGGGGAGAGACCAUUUAGCUGCUCAGUUUGUGGUAAAGAAUUCACAGAAAAGGGAACUCUGAGACUACACGCUAAAGUCCACACAGGGGAGAAACCAUUUAGCUGCUCAGUUUGUGGUAAAAGAUUUGCACAAAAUGGAACUCUGAGACUACACGCUAAAGUCCACACAGGGGAGAAACCAUUUAGCUGCUCAGUUUGUGGUAAAAGAUUCACAGAAAAGGGAAAUCUAAGACGACACUCUAAAAUUCACACGGGAGAAACCGUUUAGUUUAGUUUUGUGGUAAAAUAUUUACUCGGCUCCACAGUGUCAAAAGAUACGCAAAUGGUAAAAAAUGAACCUGCUUUUUGAAUGUUGGUCAGAGUCAAAAAUUUCAAAAUCAACAUUUAGGGCUGCACGAUUAAUCUAAUUGCAGUCGCGAUGUGGUCAUGUGCGAUUAAAUAACUGCAAAAAGUGUGCGAUUUAAGCAGAAAAAAGUUAUGCCGAGUUUUGCAUGGCUGCCGAGAAUUGCAUGCAAAACUCGGCUACUGCUUUUAAACGCUAUACUAUCCUUCAUGGGGUUCAUCAAUGGUGACAAAUGAUUCGAAGUGGCCUAUAUAACCUUUUUUUUUUAACGUUUAGAGUUGUUAAUAUUUCGUUACACACAUUCAUUGAGAAUCAGCUAAAAUAUGUGGUGAUAACCGCGUUUGAUCAAUGAGCACAGCAAAGUGUCUGAAAAGGACUUUAAGAGGUGGAUGCAGAUUUCGCCAGAAGAGAUGUUGUAAGCUACCUGCAGAGAUUUGCAUCCACCUCUCUUCUCAGCAUAAAUGAGCGUUAUCAGCCGCGAGGUGCAUGCAACUCUCAGCAGGCAGGAAGAAUUCGGCACAACACCUGUUGCUCUGUGACAGAGACAGUUACAGCAACGUUACGUGUCGUUGGCAGCUAAAGCGGUACGACAGAAGAAAACAGGGAUAAGAUAAAGAAGAUUUGGCUUUGGAUCGCUGGCCAGUUAAUGUUAGCUGUAUUGUUGCCUUUUGUUUUUCAACUUUUCCUAAAUCUAUAAAGCCGAUGUAAGUCACUUCUGGUCAACCGACCAAUCACAGCCUGGACGGGGCGGGACAUUAUGAAAAGUUUAUCAUACUACAGCCAAUCAUUAAAUGUUGAACAAUAUGAUUAUUGACAAGUUAAUACUUUGCAUUAACAAAUUAGAGACCAAUAUAGAUCAUUUUGCUUGCAGAAGGAUUAAAUAAAUAAAAACAACCCACAGAAAUGAAUCAGCUGUAACUGGAUUUAAUAUUCAACUAGUGGUAAAAUAGUAAACUAUUAUAUGAAAUUAUAAUGAAUAUAGUAACAUUAUACUAACAAUAUACUGUUAACUGAACACUAUACUCUUUAUUUAAAGGGGACCUAUUAUGCUUUAUCAUAUUUUCUGUCAUUACUAUAAUGUUACAAUGUCAGAUGUUCACGUUAAACACGGCCAAAGCUUCAAAUAAUGUCAAAGUAUUUAAAAGAAAUCCCAUUGAGCCAAAACCUCAGAUAUCUCCCUGUUCUGAAUGCUCUGUUUUAAACAGUUUUUCUACUAACAGCCCUAUUUCUGCAGCAACCUGGUAAACACGUAAAACAACAGCCAAUCAGAAGACAGUGGGAUUUGGAGGGGGGCCUUAAAGAGACAGGAGCAUCUACAGCUUGUUUCAGACAGAGGCUGAAAUGAAGGCCUGCAUGAAGAACCAGUAUAAGACUUUGAAUCAAGCAAAGCUGCCAUAGAGGAGUCACAGAACUACAAUAUAGGGCUGGAAAUGCAGUAUAAUAGGUCUCCUUUUAAUGUUAUAAUAUUAUGCUAAUACAGUCAUGUAUAGUAGUUCCUCCUCCAGGUUGUGGAUAUAGCCUGUGCAGUGGACAGAUGUAGAUUUAGAUCCAGUGUGCAAGUAUUUGCUCCUUUUAGUCGUCUCCUCCGUAAAGCAUCACGCACCCCUUGUUCUGUUUUACAUCUGUUUUACUAAAGUUAUUGUUAUACAUAUUGUUUAUUUAACUUUGUCCAAGUAGAGAAAAACAUUUACCUUGACAAUCAAGCAAGUAGACUCGGUACCAUUUGUUCCCUUAUAAUGACAAUAUUGUCCACAAUAAUAGUCUUAAAUAAUUUAACAAGGGUCUUAAAUUUUCAACAUCCAUGUAACACUAAUGCUCAUUGAAAUGCUCCCGAAGCGCUUUAGAAUGUUUUUUUCCUUGUUGAGAAUUAUUUUAGAGCAUUAUAGCCAAAGUUGUUAUCAUUAAUUACUAGAGCGAUGGAUAAGAUUAACAUUAAGUUGUCGGGUUACAGCUCAGUCCUGUACUGCACAUCUUGAUAGUUAAAUUAUAAGAAAGGAUGUUGGUGACCACGGAGGAGCUGAUGUUAGUAACGUUAAAGCUAAUUAGGUAAACUGGUCCUUUUAAGCUAAUGAGCAGAUUAUUCUUUUGGGUUUUAAUGUACACAUGAAAUGCUUGUAAUUAUACAGAAGACAGGUGGUUCUCAUGUUGCCUGUUUUUUAUGUUAAUUUCUACAAAUGUAUAAAGCAGUAAAUUUAGACACAAAAGGCAAACAUGAAUAAUCCUCUCUGUAAUAAUUCUGAGGUCAUGUUAACGGUGUUUUCCUGCCAUUAUAAGGCGA